CAUAGAGUUUACCAUGGAUCUAUCGAUACUCGACUGGUCUGGUCUGUGUGUGAUGACGGCAUAGCAUACAUUGGAUCCAAGCAAAGAAUGAGCAGCUAACCCUAACUAGAUCAGUCUUCCAACAUAGUGGGAAUUUCUACAUUCAAACUCCAAAAUACAGUUUAAAACUGAUCUCAAAACAACGUUGUCGAAGGAACAUCAAGCGAAAGUCACGAGGUAUACUUCUUGUUCAGGUUGGACAGAGACGCGCUGGCCUGUUAGCUAGCUAACGUUAGCUCUUCUACUGUAACUGGUCAUCUAACUGAACUAUAUCAGUCUUGACAUUGACUUCAUUGCUGUUGUUGCCACGUGAGCAGGACAACAUGAGUGGAGAGAGGGAAACGUUGAUGGAUGAAAUGGAACAGAGUUUAUACACUUUAACCAACGACAAUUUACGCUGCCUGUGUGAACGCAGUGGAAUCGGUGGCAAGGAUGGCUCUGAUGUUCAAGGAAACAAUCACCAUCACUCAUUGUGCCGUAAAAUCCUGGAGGAACUUUGGGAAAAUGCAGAUUCAAUGGAAUCGGAGGAGCAGGGAAUGUCUUGGUUACUCCAACUGAAAGAGGACAUCAGGAAGAUACAGGAGGAGGGUAUCAGUGCACCUUUGAGUCCCAGCCAAUCCAUUGAUGACGAUGCUGUAGACUGUGAUGAAGACGAGAACCAGAAGGACAUGGAUUGGUUACCUAGCAAAAGGCUGAAGGGGGGACCCAUAAGUCCCAGCCAAUCCUUUGAUGACGAGGAUGCUGUAGACUGCGACGAAGAAUGUGUGGAAGACAGAGAUUUGUUGCCUAGCAAAGGGCUGGAGGCAGAACCAGCACCAGAGAUACACACACCAGAGCAGAGAGAGAAGAGAGUGAGUGGGUCCCCCUCUCUGUCCUCUCCUGGUAAUGCCUUACUGUUGGGUCUGAAGAGAGUGAGUGGGUCCCCCUCUCUGUCCUCUCCUAGUAAUGCCUUACUGCAGGGUCUGAAGAGAGUGAGUGGGUCCCCCUCUCUGUCCUCUCCUGGUAAUGCCUUACUGCAGGGUCUGAAGAGAGUGAGUGAGUCCUCUCCUGGUAAUGCCUUACUGCUGGGUCUGAAGAGGGUGUCUGUGCGGCUGGUCGACUGCAGGAAAACACCAGGGUUGAGAGGAACUGCUGGAGGAGGAGACGACGAGGAGGAGGAAGGAGACGAGGAGGAGGAAGGAGACGAGGAGGAGGAAGGAGACGAGGAGGAGGAAGGAGACGAGGAGGAGGAAGGAGACGUGAUUCAUCAAAGAGAGAGACGUGGCAACCAUGGAUCUUCUGGGGAGCCUCAACAACAACCUCAUGCUGACAACACAGACUGGAGUCUCCCCACAUCAAACCACCUCAAUAAACAACCGCAGAGACAUACAGGGAAGAAACCACACCACUGCUGCUCUGAGUGUGGGAAGACUUUCGGCUGUCCAGCGACACUCAAAAUGCACAGAAGAAUCCAUACGAGAGAGAAACCUUACCGCUGCUCACAGUGUGGGGAUACUUUCAGUCAAAAAAUGACUCUUAAGAUUCACCAGCAGAUGCACACUGGGAAGAAACCUCACCACUGCUCUGACUGCGGAAAGAGUUUCAGUGUUUUAUCAAGCUUGAAAAUCCAUCAAAGCACCCACACCGAAAAUAAACUAUUCCAAUGCUCCAAGUGUGGGAAAGGUUUUGCAAACAACCACUAUCGAAAAAUACAUGAGAAAACGGUACAUGAGCCUCCUGCAGAAAGGUCUUACCACUGCUCUGACUGCGGGAAGAGCUACAGUUUUUUAUCAACCUUCAAAAACCAUCAAAGAAAACACACAGGAGAGAAACCAUUCCAAUGCUCCAAGUGCAAGAAAAGUUUCGCUCAGAAAUCCACUCUGAAAGCCCACGAGCAAACACACAUUCCUGCUGCAGAAAGGCCUUACCAAUGCUCCUACUGCGAGAAGAAGUUUUGUAUUUCGGCAUCCUUUAAUUUCCAUAUGAGAAUGCAUACUGAAGAAAAACCAUUCCAAUGUUCCGUCUGUGGAAUGCGGUUCAUUCACGCCAGUUUACUGAAAGCACACAAAUAUAAACACAAGCCCUCUGCCGAAAGGCCCUUCCACUGCUCUAAAUGUGGAGCGUGUUUUACUACAAAAGGUAAUCUUAAAUUUCACCAGCUGACCCAUGACCGGGGAGAGAGAACUUACCGCUGCUCUGAGUGUGGGCAUUGUUUCUCUCAUCCGAUAUAUCUGAAGAAACACCAGAAGAGACACAGUAAAGAGAAGUCCAUUGUCUGCGACCUGUGCGGGAAGACCUUCAACCAUCCAAGCAACUUCAGAACGCACAUGAAGAUACACCAAGGAGUGAAACCGUACCACUGCUCCGACUGUGGCAGGAGCUUCAUAUUCCGCCAAGGUUUAACAACACACCAGCGUGUGCACACCGGCGAGCUGCCUUACGUCUGUGAUCAAUGUGGAAAGAGAUUUUCUCAGUACAAUUCUUUGGUGAUACACCAGCGAACCCACACCGGGGAGAAACCUUACCCAUGCUUUGUCUGUGGGAAGAGCUUCAGUCGGUCACAAAACCUGGCUGCACACAAGAGAACUCAUACCGGAGAAAAGCCUCAUGCCUGUGAUCAGUGCGGGAAGAGGUUUUCCCGAACCGACGCACUGGCUGUACACAAGCGCACUCACACUGGAGAGAAGCCUUACAGCUGUGAUAUAUGCAGGGAGACAUUCACCUAUUUAGUAGCUAUGUUGAAACAUAAGAAAGGACAUUGACAUCCUGCAGGUGAUGUACUCUGUGCUGAAUGUCCUCAAGACGAUUCUAGCUCUGUCUAUGAAUAGAGAAUAACUUUGUUUAACCUACAGAAGACAUCAAUUUGUUGUUUUGCUUACAAUCUAACCCCCAGAGAGAGAGAGAGACACAAACACUCACACACGCAGACAAACCCAGAGGGCGGCAGGUAGCCUAGCGGUUAAGUGCGUUUGACCGGGAACAGAAAGAUCGCUGGUUUGAAUCCCCGAGCCGGCAAAGGUUAGGAAAAAAAUCUGCUGUUCUGCCCUUGAGCUAGCCAGUUAGUACCCAACAACAACUGCUCCCUGGGCACAUAUGACGUGGAUUAAGGCAGCUCGCCGCACCUCUGUGAUUCAGAGGGUUUAGAUGCGGAAUGUUGAAGGCGUUUAGUGGUGCAACUGGCUUGUUA